AUGUCGAGCCCGCUUGCACCAACACGGACUGUUUUUGUGCGGCACUUCAGAACGCGGAAGUGAAACGCUGCUGUUGAUGUUUUGGUCCGGGAGGUUACACUUUCUAUUAGUUUGACAUCAUGGCGGUGAGUGCGGUUCACCUGGAGUCAGACGCCUUCCUGGUGUGCAUGAAUCACGCGCUCAGCACGGAGAAGGAGGAGGUGAUGGGGCUGUGUAUCGGAGAGGCUGAGCCCGCCCGGAUCGUCCACAUCCACUCGGUCAUCAUCCUCCGACGCUCGGACAAGCGGAAGGACCGGGUAGAGAUCUCCCCGGAGCAGCUGUCCGCGGCCUCCACGGAGGCAGAGCGGCUCGCAGACAUGACCGGCCGCCCGAUGCGGGUGGUGGGCUGGUAUCACUCCCAUCCGCACAUCACCGUGUGGCCCUCCCACGUCGAUGUCAGGACGCAGGCCAUGUAUCAGAUGCUGGACCAGUGCUUCGUGGGCCUAAUCUUCUCCUGCUUCAUAGAGGACAAGAACACCAAGACGGGGCGUGUGCUCUACACCUGCUUCCAGUCGGUGCAGAAGGGCUCCGAGUACGAGCGGGUGGAGAUCCCAAUCCACGUCGUGCCGCGCGAGGCCAUCGGGAAGGUGUGCCUCGAGUCCGCCGUGGAGCUGCCGCGGAUCCUGUGCCAGGAGGAGCAGGACACCUACCGCAAGAUCCACAACCUGGGGCACCUGGACCCCGUGACCAAGAUCCACAACGGCUCGGUGUUCACCAAGAACCUGUGCAGCCAGAUGUCUGCGGUGAGCGGCCCGCUGCUGCAGUGGCUGGAGGACCGGCUGGAGCAGAACAAGCAGAGCAUCGUGGAGCUGCAGCGGGAGAAGGAGAGGCUGCUGCUGGAGCUGGCUGCUCCCUGAGCCGGGGGGACAUGGAGGGUGGAGGUGGGACACUUGUUGUCCUGCUGUUGUUGGACAGGGAAACGGACCUUCUGUUUGGCUGGUUUUGCUUCUUUACAUCGUGCUCCAGGCAGGGCUUGGUAUCAGACCUCAAUACUUUGUAUGAACCGAAAAGUGUCCAUAAUAUAAAGAAAACGGUUAAAUACCAAAAGUAUGAUCAGAAUUUUGACUACUUGAUUAGAAAUAUCGUUAUUUAAAUCCUUAUUUUAUUAUAUUUGGGCCAGAUCUUGUGCAGCUGUAUCGUGAUGAAACUAAAGCUGGUCUAAAUUGCUUUCAGGAAUGUAUAUUAAACUCGGAUUUGGUCUAUAAAAUAUCAGAAAAGUAUGACAAAAUGUCCGUCACAACCUCCUACAGAAUGUCUUAAGUCACAUUUGAGAAGCUGGAAUCUGGCCUUUUAGGGGAUCCAUUUCCUUUGAAGCAUAUUUUUGUUAAGAACAAAUCUUAUGUCCUUUAGUUAAGUGGUUUUGGUUUCUCUACGGCCUUUUUACUUCGGUCAAAAGCAAGAUAUUUUCACCUGUUUGUUUUAUGUAAAUGUGAUGGAAGAUACCAUUACCCACCCAUGACACGAAUGGACACCUGCCUUCCCUUUGUUGGAGGAGUGACAAAGAAUGUGCCUUUUGGACUAAUGACAGUAACGGUACACACUGUGUGCUGUGAAUGGGGGUUAUUGUUUGCUUUGUCUUCUCUUCUGUCUUCUCCAGAUGUUUUUGAAGGAGCGUUAUACGUUCACGGUGUGUUUCACUGCAUCUGUAAAAUGUAAAUAAAUAAGACGGAGACCUCACUGUCACUUUCGUUCAGUUCUGAAA